AUGGGAAGAGAUUGUUAUAUUAUCUCCAUAGAGCUUCUUUUAAUUUCCCCUCCAAGACCAGCACAGACCCCAAUGUCAAAGGGACCACCUCCACCUAUCAAGCCCAAACCGAGGAAUUUACCUCCUGUACCUGCGAAAAAACCAAACGUUAAUGGUUACAACUUAGCCUCUAAUGCAUCAGUAAACCACCAAGUGUUAACACCUGACUCUGCACAUGAUACCAAUGCCAACGAAUCUAACGUUGCAUCUUUAAAGGGUGGUUUGAAAAGUGUUAAUUUGGGUGAAGCGGAAACCUCAAUUAGAAAGGAGCCUUCUCGUGCAAUUACAAUGAGUGUUGCCGCUGACGCUUUCAGUUCUGAUGAAGAAAGGGACACCCAGGACAGUGUUGAGCAAACUGGAGAAAAUAGUUCAGGAAACCAACUGAGGCAAAACUUUGCAAGUCCUUUCAAGAAAGGGAUAACUAAAAACUAUCCUUUGCCACCAAAGAGAGAUCAAGCUGCUAUUCUGUCAAAUGAAGCUAGGGGUAAAGUGGCACCUUUCAGGUUAGCAUCAAUUCCCCCCACUACGGCCUCACCACUGAAAAGUUCCAAUCCAAGUAAUGCCAAUGAUACUAUGGAUUUUGCCGAGGGUAUGCGUUCUCCUCUUAAAAAGAACAUAUUCCCACCACCACCGAAGAGGAACCUCCCUCCACGUGUAUCAUCAAGAAAACAUGAAGAGGACACACACAACGACGAGUUAGCACCACCAACCCUUCCAGCCAGAAAACCGAUUUUGAGACAAGCAUCAUUAGAGAAAGAAACCGAAAGUGAGCAUUCUCUUGAUCAUGGAGUACCACCACCAUUACCCACAAGAAGAAGGGAUGUUUCCAGUAAGCCCUCUGGUUCUAGGGAAAUUCCCACAUCUCUAUUCCCCGAUAGUGAUGUCGAUCAUGAAUACGAAGAUGAACAGCAAGACGAAAGGUCUAUUCAUGUCACUGAUAACUAUAGAAAGUCCAGGAACUCUUCAUCUUCGAGAUAUGACCGUACUGGUGAUAGAUCGGCUCCAGGUGAAAGCGUCCAACCUAGAUAUGAAAGAAAAACUUCAUCGUCCAGCCAAUUGCUCCAUUCAGCCAAAGAAAAAUCUGCUCCACUGGCUAAACAGGCACUUGGUGGAAUCAAUAAAAUGAAGGAUAAACUGAAAACCUCUUCUAAAAAAUACUUGGAGUCAGAUAGCGAUGAUGACUCCAGAUACACUAGUUUGAGACGUAGAAACUCCGAUCUCCGUUCAUACCCAAUCCAAAAUGCACUUAGGGAGAAAAGAACCGAUCUCAAUUCGGACACAGAUUCUUCUCCUGACCUAGAUACGAAUGAGAUUAGUAUAGAUGAAGAUCGUCCACCUCUUCCAACCAGACCAGCUUCUCAAAAACCGCACUCGAUUUUACAACCAGCAUUGGCAAACGAUAAAGAGAAGACCCAACAUGAAAUCAAAGCAUCAGUUUCGAAGAAGUCUAAACCUAUUCCACCACAACCUGCUAAGAAGACAGAUGUGCUAAUAUCGCCAUCAUCGACCGUUCCUUCCAGAAGAUCAGCUUCGGUCACAUCCAGUCCAAGUCCACCAACCCCGCCACCAUCGAGAGCUAAAGCACCGAUUGCUCCGCCUCCAAGGGGGGCAACUGCAUGGAGAGAACCAAACAUUGAUCUUGAACUAGAAUCUCUAUGGUACUUAACCGAUGACGUAUCCAAGUUGCCGAAACAGUUGAGAGGCCUAAAUUAUCAGCUGAGUCAUGGAUAUGUCGGGCCUAAAGAGUUCAAAAUCUAUGCUUUCAGACUGUCUGAUUUGGCUACUCUAAGAUUGAAGCUAGUUUGGAAGAAAGAUUGUUCGAAUCCAGAGAGUACGUUGGUCACUGAAACCAAGUUUAUACCGCCUCCAACUGCUACUAAAAAGCAACUGACUGAAGGACAUGAAAAGUUUGGUGAGCAUGUUGCCAAUUGGUGUGAGGUCAAAGAAGGUCAAACUGUUGGAGAUGGUGAAUGUUGGACCUUAGCACAUGAUGCCUUGGAGAAGUCCUGUGGGAAGUAUGCUUUUGUUUCUACCGGUCUGAAGCAUGGUGCUUUAAUUGCGACAUAUAAGGGACAAGAGGGAAAGAUGCCAAGUGUCUCCCUUCCAUUAGUUAGCGAUGAAAUAAGACGUGGAGAUAUUCUGCAGUUCAAAACCUGUGUUUUCAAAUACCCGCAACGUACUGUGACAUUUGGUGCACCCGAUCAUACUGCUAUCGUACUCGAUGUGAAACCAAGUGAUCAAGCCGAGCUGGAUUCUAAGUUAAAAUGGCUUGAAAUUAUACACCAAAAUAUGGGUGGGGUGAAAAAGGUUAGGGUAUCUGACAUUGAUCUGUGUAGACUUGCAUGCGGUGAAGUCUCUGUGUACCGUCCUGUUGAUUCCUCGUGGAUUGUAGAUCUCGCAGAGGUCGUCAUUUGA